GUGAAAGUAGGGAUACUGAGGAAUACAGCAAUCAAAAGAAAGAUGGCGUCCACCUUUCACUGGGCAGAUUAUAUAGUGUUCAGCGCGUUUAUUGUCGUAUCAUUGGCAAUUGGAGUGUUUUAUUCAUGUACCGGUGGAAAGCAAAAGACGAAUUCAGAAUAUCUGUUAGCAGACAGAAAGCUUCACUGUCUUCCAACAUCUCUAUCGCUAAUGGUGACAUUCACAUCAUGUAUAACACUAUUGGGCUUUACGGCAGAGAUGUACACUGGAGGCUCCCAAUUUUGGCUUUACUGUGUUGGUGUCUCGUUGGCUGCUCUUGCUGCAGAAAGGAUAUUUAUCCCAUUGCUAUACCCUCUACAUCUGACAAGUACAUAUGAAUAUCUGGACAGACGGUUUAAGUCCAAAAUAGCACGACAAUCAUGCAUGCUCAUGGGGACGAUAUCCUUUGUUUUCCUGGAGGGUGUCGUCAUGUAUGCUCCUUCAAUAGCCCUAGAGGCAGUAACUGGUCUUCCAACGUGGGCCUCUAUUUUAAUAAUGGCAGCAGCAGCAACAUUUUACACAACGCUGGGCGGAAUUAAAGCAGUUAUUUGGACUGACGUCUUCCAGUUUUUGAUCAUGUUGAUAGGGAUGAUCAUCGCCUUGGCAAUGGGUUGUAUUAGAGUCGGAGGCUUCUCAAAUAUGUGGGAGCUGUGUCAGAGAGGUGGAAGAAUCCAGUCAUUCGACUUUGACUUCAAUCCAUUGACGAGACAUACUUUCUGGGGCCUCACUAUUGGUAUAGGGACAACAUGGGUGUAUCUGUAUGGUGUUAGCCAGCCUGGAGUGCAGCGCUUUUCAGCAACCCCGUCACUCAGAGAUGCCAGAUCGACUGUGUUACUAGUUGUUCCUGUUGUAUGUGCGAUUUAUGCGCUGAACGCCCUCGUAGGACUCACAGUGUUUGCUUAUUACUCUCAUAUUCAAUGUGACCCAAUGGCAAGUGGGGCAGUUACUAAUCAAAAUCAGAUCUUCCCCCACUUUGUAAUGGAUGUGCUUGGGGUCCCAGGAGUGCCAGGGAUAUUUCUUGCAGCAAUGUUUAGUGCCGCACUCAGUACGAUAUCCUCAGCUUUAAAUUCGCUUGCUGCAAACAUCUGGGAGGACUUCCUUAAAGAUCGUUUCCCCAACACAACCCCUGCUAGGGCAACGCAUGUAACAAAGGCGUUGGUGAUUGCCUCUGGGAUGCUGUCGACCGUGAUGGCGUUCAUAGCUAUGAUGAUUCCUGGUCAAAUCUUGCAGGUUACCCUGGCAUUGGUUGGUGCUGCCGGAGGGGCAAUUGUUGGAAUGUAUAGUCUAGGGGCGUUUACGAGCAGCUGCAAUUGGAAGGGCGCCGUAGUAGGAGGAUGGGUCAGCUUAGCGUUCGUACUGUGGAUCUCCGCGGGUGCCUUCUCAAUCAAAUCCACGAAACACAUCCUUCCCCCGGCGUCAACUAAUGGAUGUUAUUUUGGGAAUAUAAGCGAUAUAUGGAAUGAAACGAAUACAACGCCAGAUUAUACCCGAGAGUAUCAGACUGGUCUUUCAAAUAUAAGCAUCGUUCCAACUGAACAAGUUGCUGUGGAGGGACCCUUGUACAAGUUUUACUCAAUUUCUUACACCUGGUAUGGGUUAAUCGGGAUUAUUGUAGCGUUUACAACUGGGAUGCUUGUGAGCUUGAUAACAGGAUUGAGUGAUAAAGACGAUGUUGAUGAGGAGACGUAUAUUAAAUGGCCGGAUUUAGUUUUCUGUUGCCUUCCCGAAUCAUGCAGGGCGAGAUUAUGGAGUAAGAUUACGGGCUCGCAAAACCUUGAUAACAAAGAUGGAGAUCCUUAUGGUCUCAAGGAGAACGCAGAACCUGUUGAAAUGGAGAGUCUAGUGGCACAGAAUGGAAUCAAAACUUGAAAGCGAAAAAAACAUUAAAACCAAACAACACGAAUAGAUCGAUCGUAACAAUGCAUUUAAAACAUAUUUAAAUAAUCCAAUGUGCAUUGAAAAUGGAACAAGAAUUGUUCAGUGUAAUGUACUGCUUGUUGUGUUGUGUAAGGCUGCAUAAAUUCAAUAAUUCUAAAUCUAGAAUUCAAUAAUUAUAGAAUCUUGGUCAAGUUUUUUAAUAAAAUGUCAUUGCAAGAGUGACAAAAGCAC